AUGGAUGCAGCAGCAGACGCGCACAAUGCCGAGACAUUUGACUUCGACAUUCCCGUCGGAGACGACUGGGAGCCCGACGAGGCGCAGUACAAGGAGUUCGAGUUACAGAAGCAGCAGCAGCAGCUGCAGCAACAGCAGCAGCAACAGCAGCAACGGCGGCUGCAGCAGCAGGACGUGCAGCAGCAGCAUGACAGGUUUGGCUCUCCAGCCGGCCUCCACAAAAGGAAUGAACCUCCAAACCAGGUCACAGAGCUGCCGGCCUUCUUCAGCACUGACAUCAGAGGGCAGCCUGUGGAAGUGCUGCUGGAGUCGCUGGAGCCGGAGCUGCCUGCUGCUGCUGCUGCUGCUGCUGCUGGCAGCAGCAGCAGCAGCAGCAACAGCGAGUUUGGCGCCCUCCAUUCAGGCGCUGCGGGCGACCCUUUCGCCUCCACGAUGCACCUGCAGGACCUGCAGCAGCAGCAGCAGCAGCACCUGCAGCAGCAGCAGCAGUUGGAGCAGCAGCACUUGAAGCAGCAGCAGCAGCAGCUGGAACAGCAGCACCUGCAGCAGCAGCAGCUGAGGCAGCUUCAGCGGCAGGAACUGCAGCAGCUUCAGCAGCACGCGUACCACCAGCAGCGCGUCAGCAACUCAGCAGCAACAGCAGCAGCAGCAGCAGCAGCAGCAGCAGCAGCAGCAGACACUCUGCUGCCUCACGGGCAGGGCCGCUGCCUCUCCCCGGGGGGCCCCCCUGAGGGGCCCCCCGGGGGCCCCCCUCUUCAUUCUUUGCUCGCGGGGCUCAGCAGCAAAAUGCAUUACCCUCCGCCAGGUUUUGACGGCGUUUCACUGCAGCAGCAGCAGCAGCAGCGGCAGGCAGCAGCAGCAGCAGCAGCAGCGGCUCUCAGCAGAGACCCAGCGGUCCUCAUCACUGACUCCGGAGGCGGGGGGCCCCCUGUGGGGGCCCCCAUGGGGGCCCCCAUGGGGGCCCCUAUGGGGGCCCCCGUGGGGGCCCCCGUGGGGGCCCCUGUGGGGGCCCCCCUUCAGUGGCAGCGCAGCAGCAGCGGGGGGGCUGGCUCGGACCUGCUGGAGACGCCGCAAGGAGAUUACCCUGCUGCUGCUGCUGCUGCUGCUGCUGCUGUGGGUCUUCGUGCUGCUGCACAGGGUGCAGAGGUUCAGGCGCAACUGCAGCAGCUGCAGCAAAGUGCUGCUGCUGCUGCUGCGCCUCCCCCGCCGGGCUGGGACAACCCAGAUGAUCUGUGGAACAAAUCCCUUCUCGACCAGCAGCAGCAGCAGCAGCAGCAGCAAGUGCAGCAGCUGCUGCUGCUGCAACAGAAGCAGCGGCACGGUGCCCUCGGCAGCCUUGGGGGCGGUGCAGCAGCAGCUCCCCAGCAGCAGCAGCCGCAGCAAGACCCUGUGCUGCAGCACGAGGCGCUGGAGCAGCAGCUGCUACAGCAGCAACAGCGGCAGCAGCAGCAGCAGCAGCAAUGGCUAAGUGGCUUCGAGAGAGAGAACGCGACAAGCAACUACACACCAAAACAGGAGCUGCAGCAGCAGCAGCAACAGCAGCAGCAGCAGCAGCAGCAGCAGCAACGAAGAGGCUCAAUGGGAGCCCAUAGAGGUGCUGAAGGAAGCCGGAAUGCUGGGGCAGCUCACGGCUGGCUGCUGGGUGAGAGCAGCAGCAACGGGGAGCAGCAGCAGCAGCAGCAGCAGCGUGUGCGGGGGCAGCAGCCGCCAACGCAGCAGCAGAGGCGCAAGCAGCAGCAACAACAGCAGCAACAGCAGCAGCAAGAGAAGGGACGACGCCACCCGAAGCAGCAGGACGCUGCAGCUCUCAGCAGCAGCAGCAGCAGCAAGACAGGCAGCAAGGCAGUUGAGCACGGCGUGUCUCCGAGCAGCGCAAACGAACGCAGCAGCAACAGCAGCAGCAGCAGCAGCAGCAGCAGCAGCAUUUGGCCUCCCCCCAUUUUCCCGCAGACCCGAGCUCUAGUAGACUACAUUAUUAAAAACAAAAUCAGCGACGCAACUCGCUGGUUUGGUUCGCUGCCGGAGGGCCUCACGGGCCCCCCUGCUGCUGCUGCUGCUGCUGCUGCUGCUGCUAACUCGCCCAGCAGCAGCAGCAGCAGCAGCCCCGGCGCGGCGGCCCUGCACAGCCCGAGCAGCAGCAGCCCGGCGUCGACGACGCCGCCGCCGACGGCGAGCAGCACCAGCGCCGCUGGCAGCGGCAGCAGCAGCGCCACCAGCAGCAGCAGCAGCAGCAGCAGCAGCAGCAGCAGCAGCAGCAGCAGCAGCAGCGGGAGCGGGUUCAUGACUGCGCACGACCUCGAUGUCAUCCUUAGGGUGCAGCUGGCCCAGACUUCGCGGCGGCCGGAGCUGCAGCGGUACACAGGGCGUUGGAAUUUCAAGUGUUUGUGGGGUUCUAAGAAGGAGAGCAGCAGCAGCAGCAGCAGCAGCAGCAGCAGCAGCAGGAGCUGCUGCGAGCUGGAGGCGGAGGUGCGCCAGCAGCUCGCCCGCGCGCACGGCGAGGGGGGCCUCCUCGCGGCCGCGGCGGCUGCUGCUGCUCCUGCUGCAGCAGCAGCAGCAGCAGCAGCAGCAGCAGCCUGGGACAGCAGCAACACGCCGGGCCUCCUAGUCAGCUCUUCAGCCAUGCACCAGCGGCUUCUGGGCUCUCUCUCAGCAGCAGAAGCAGCAGCAAGCCUGCAGCCACCUGUGCAGCAGCAGCAGCAGCAGCAGCAGCAGCAGCAGCAGGCUGCUGCGGACGCAACGUCCCCGGACGCGGAGGCCACGGCCGACUCCGGCGCGAGCGGCAGCAGCAGCAGCAGCAACGCCGCAGCCAGCGCCACACCCAGCAGCAGCAGCAGCAGCAGCAGCAGCAGCAGCAGCAGCAGCGGGGUCCACAAGAAAUUUGGCAGAGUCGCCUAUGCCUCCAUUAGGCACCCCAGAAACAUUAUUCAUAUUGACAGGGGGCCCCCCCAAGAGGAGGGGCCCCCUGGGGGCCCCCCUGAGGGCCCCAAAGCAGCAGGCAGCACUUUAGCUGCUGCUGCGCGCAGCAAGCACCCCGGCCAAGAUUUCGUUAGACAGUUGGCCCUCGGGGCCCCCGGGCUGUCGCUGCUGCAGCGCUCUUUGGCUCUGAACUCCAUCAUAGAGGACUGCCACGACAUUAGACUUGCUGCAGCAGCGCUUCAAGGGGAGCUGGAGGAGUGUCCAGCGAGCCACGUUGCUGCUCGGGGACAACUGCAGCAGCAGCUGCAGCACACGCUGCUGCAGGCAGCAGAGCUGCUGCUGCUGCGGCACUGCUGCACUUCUUUGCCGCUGCCAAUGCCCUUCCUGCUGGACUUUUGGGCCCCAGCAAUUUGCCCCUCUGCUGCUGCGUAUGUCUCGCGGCUGCGGCAGCACUACCUGCGGCUGCAGCAGCAGCAGCAGCAGCAGCAGCAGGAGCAGCAGCAGGAGCAGCAGGAAGAAGGGUUCCUUGGGGCGCUUCCGCCGGGCCUGAGCAGCCUUGUUACAGAGGGCCGCAGCAGCACCAAGUGGCUCAUCAGCAGUGUCAGCAGCAGCAGCAAGGGCCUGCGGCUGCUGCUGCUGCUGCUGCCCAUGCUCACCGACGCCUGCACCUCUUUGCUGCUGCAGGGGCUGCUGCUGUGCCCCGAGGCCCUCCUUGAGGUCUUUGCAGACGCGGACGCUGUCCUAGCAGCAGCAGCAGCAGGACCCUCCGCAGCAGCAGCAGCAGCAGCAAUAGAAGGGGCCUCAGGGGCUCCAGCAGCAGCAGCAGCAGCAGCAGGAGCCCCUGCAGCAGCAGCAGCAGCUGCUGCUGCGGACGACUGCAGCCUGCGGCUGUUCGAGGAGGUGAUGCGGUCGACGGGGACAGCAGCAGCAGCACUUGCUGCGCUGCCCAAGAACAGCCUGCUCAGUUUGCUGCUGCAGCAGCAGCAGGGGGGCCACGAGCGCAGCAGCACUUGCUGCUUCUUGCUGCUGGGGGUCCUCAGGGUCUUAAGGGCUGCGGGGCCUUCCCGCACAGCUGUCUUGUGCAGCUUCUUAGAUGUGCUCGACUGGGGCCUGCAGCAGCAGCAGCAGCAGCAGCAGCAGCAGCAGCAGCAGGCCUCGCUGGUCGCCAUGGCGGCCCACAUGAGCGGAGCCUGUCUUCUUGCGCUCCUAACAAUUCACCUUCCUCGCGCUGAGGGUACUGCAAACCCUGGACAAAUGAAAGUGAUAACGCGUUUUCUGUGUAUGGUGACGGAGGCGUUGGUGUCUUUGCUGGCGAAGAACUCUGACGAAGCAACAGACCAGCAGCAGCAGCAGCAGCAGCAGCAGCAGCAGCAGCAGCAGCGGCUGCGGCCUCUGAUCCGCUGCCUGCUGCAGCAAGCGAGACAGUGCCCCGCAUGGGCUGCCACAAUCACCACCCAAGCCAUGAGCUGCCUAGGGGAGGCAGCAGCACGGGCCUUCUUGGCCUCUCUGGUGUCUGCAACGGAGUUUUAG